AUGAGAGCGGGUGUUCAACGAGCUUCAAAUCCGGAAUACAGGUAUGGGAAUUGGAGAAUCUUCUCCUGGUUGGAGUAUCGUCUGGAUGCUUUAUCGAAUAGUAUUCUUCCUCGCUUGGAUAUAGUUUUCCGAAGGUCGAAAGACUUUGCCUUACAUAAAACGGGGUUUAUCUUUAUGGGGACAUCUAUGUCGCAGUUACCAGAUGUUCGAUCAAGCACAUCUCCGUUCUGCAACGAUAUUUCGUCUCGAGCUGUGAUAUCAGGAAGCACAAGGCAGCAUGGGAGCUCUGAAAGCAUGGGCGAAAGGAGCUCGGGCAAUUCAGGGCUUACUACUGAGCUGUAUACCAGCAGCGUGACGGAGCAAUGCCCUGAAAACCGAAGACAGAUAGGUGUCAUUAGUGCUUCCUUUUUGAUCUUUAAUAGGAUUAUGGGAACAGGUAUAUUUGCAACUCCCAGUGCCAUUCUGGCACUCACAGGUAGUGUCGGACUAUCUUUAAUAGUAUGGGUCAUGGGAAUGGUUAUUGCUAUGACUGGCACGGCAGUCUACCUUGAAUUCGGAACUACAAUCCCAAGAAACGGAGGGGAAAAAAAUUACCUCGAGUACGUGUAUACCAAGCCGAGAUUCCUAGUCACGGCGAUGUUCGCUUCGUAUGCCCUGUUUCUAGGCUGGGCAGCAGGUAAUAGCGUUGCGUUUGGUGAAUAUGUCCUUCAUGCGGCGGACAUUGAGGUAAACCGAUGGAAUCAGCGGGGCAUCGGUUUUGCAUGUAUCACCUUGGCCUUUCUCAUACAUGCAAUAGCCGUCAAAUGGGGGCUACGCCUGCAAAAUCUCCUUGGCGCUUUGAAGUUCCUUGUAAUCCUCAUUAUAGUGGCUGGAGGGGCCGUGGCUCUUGGUGGCCACUUGAACAUGGAGAAACCUGAUAACUUUUCUCGACCGUUUGAAGGAAGUAUUCCAAGUGUAUAUGGGAUUGUAACAGCAUUGUAUAGCGUGAUCUGGUCGUACGUUGGAUAUUCGAAUGCAAACUAUUCAUUGAGCGAGACGAGAAAUCCAGCUCGAACAUUGAAAAUCGCCGCGCCCAUAGGGGUGGGGCUUGCCAGCGUUUUUUAUCCAAGAAUUAGGCCGGGAAGGGGUUCUGCCAUUUUCCAGGUUCUGGGCAAGCAAUAG